UAUUGUUGAACUCUUUCAAGUCCGUGUCUAAAUAUUUCUAAACCGAUUAGUAUAAUAUUAUUCACUUUAGACCCAACAAUCAAGGUUCUUAUAGAUUUUUUUGGAUUUUGUUUAAAAUAUCGUAUUGAUUAGAGUUAAAUAUCAUAUAAUAUAUUGCAUAUUAUUUAUCUGAAUUUUCAAUGUAAAAUUUUGUUUGCACUCAUAAUAUUUAUUUAUUUAAAAUUUAAUAAUAAUAAAAAUUAAAUUAAAUAAUCAUGCUUGAUGAUGUGUGCUUUAUGAAAAUUAGAUAUAUAUACAUAUAUAAUAUAGGUACAUAUGCUCUAAAUGGCUAACAUUCAUAUAAAACCAUUAAAAUUAAUAUACUAGUUGUUUUAUUGGAAGUUUAUUCUAUUUUUAUUAAGAUUUUGAAGAAGACUAUAAAAAUCGUAUCAUAUAAAAAUCGUAAAAUAUAAUGUUUGAGUUUAUCUAAUAAAUACAAAAUCAAUAGACAUAAUUUCCAAAAGAACACUUAGGAAAAUGACUAAACAUAAGAACAUAAUUUCCAAAAAGAACACUUCAUAAGUAAAUCUGUACACCAUAUAUUUAUAUUCUUAUUUUCAUUUAUUUUUCUCAAAAAAAAAUCUCAUAUAAAGAACCUUAAUUUAUUUUUUGAGUAAUCUUCCACUAAAAAAAUUUACACUAACUAUACAAAAUAGUGAAUCGUCUAAUUAUGAAAAUGACUAAACAUGUUACAUGCUUUCCCAUGUCACAUUAUGGGAAGCCCACGAGAGAGGCAACUCAUCAAUCAUAGAAUCCAUGACCUUUCUUGUUGAGUGCGUAUUCGACGGCUAGAGCAACAAUGAAACUUCUGUUUUUAUUUUUCUUUUUCUUUGUUUUAGUGCUUCUUUUUAUUUGUUACAGAUUACCCUAGGAAUCUGUCUAGAACACCAUAUCAUAUUACAUUAGUAAUCUGUGAAAAUUAAUAAGAGGCCGAGAGAGUAUUUCCCUAAACAAGCUUCAAUGCCACAUUGGUUUUGCAUCGAACAUUUGUGUAAUAAAUAUGUAUAUAGAUUAUAGAUCAUCGAAUUUGUAUUUUGCUUUGUGUUAAGAAAUAUUCCAUCCGUUUCACAAUAGAUGAAGCUUUGGUUCUUUGCACACAUAUUAAGAAAUUAUUUUUUCUAAACAAAAAAUCAUUGAAAUAUAAUUUAAAACUAGUUUAUUUAAUUAUAAACAAAAAUAAUAAAAAUAUAAUUGGUUACACAGUUUUUGAUAAAGUUAAAGUUACUUAGAUAUGUGAAAACAUCAUCUAUUGUGAAACAAAAACACCUAAAACAUCAUUUAAACGGAGGGAGUAACAUUGUAUAAUUUGAUAUUAUGCUCUGUUUUUCUUCUUAUGCUGUUGUAACUUAUUUGCUAUUUUACAACAAAAUUAUAUACAAAAUUUGAGAGAACGUUUCUUUCUGUCUACCACUUCAUAAAAUGAAAACAUGAUUCAGCAUCUUAUAAGAAUGCAAGAUUGCAAAGUUAUAUAUAUUGAUUGUUAAAAUAGUGCACAGGAAAAUGAAAGAAAAAUACAGUAUAUAGUGUACUGAGAUGUUAUGAGAAAAGAUAAUAAUUUCUACCAACGAUAGAUGAAAGUUAAUCUCUUAAACAAGAUAGUUUAAAAAAUUUAGAAGAAUUUAAGAAUAGAUGAGAUAAAAAUAAAAUUUGAUAACGUUGGGUAAAUUUUAGUUUCGCAACAUGUUGAGUCUUGCGUUGACUACUACCGACGACACAGCACCACAAUUAUCAACAACAGUAGCAAAUCAUUUACUGUGACCCACUUGGAAAAGAAAAAGUUGAAUUCUUUUCGGAAUCAACACGGCAAGUUCCGAAUCCUCAACUAUGUUUUGUUUGGCAACCAAGUAAGUGUCUAAAGUCAAAGGUCAAAAUGAACAACAAGCCAUUCACAAGAUGACACUUCAUCUACUGUCUUCAUUCAAUAAUUAAAAUCGACUAUAUAAUAUAAUAUUAUACCACUAACUGUAUUUUUACUCAAAAGCAAGAAGCAAUAUAUUCGAGACUUUUGCUAAGCGCGGCGUGUAUAUAAAGAUAUCGCAUUGACGUUACAAUGUGAUAUCUCAAACAAUCAUUAUCGUAAAUGGAGAUGGAUUCAAACGAGACUCAACCAACGGUGGUUGUUUCAUCGCCGCCGGGAAGAAUAUCACUCCGGCCAAUGACUCUUUCCGACGUUGACGACUACAUGGUGUGGGCCACAGACGCUGAAGUCGCACGCUUUUGCUCUUGGGAGCCUUGCACGAGCCGAGAAGAAGCCAUCAAAUACAUAACUGAUUCGGUCUUGACACACCCAUGGCUCCGAGCCAUCUGUUUAGAGGACGACCGUCCCAUCGGCUACAUCUUGAUCAUGCCUGUCGAUAACAUCAGGAAAGAGAUCGGUUAUGUGCUAGCGAGAAAGUAUUGGGGAAAAGGGUUCGCUACGGAGGCGGUGAGGCUAGUGACGGCGGAGAUAUUCAAGGAGAUGCCGGAGAUUGAGAGGCUUGAGGCACUAGUGGACGUGGACAACAUGGGAUCCCAAAGGGUUCUUGAAAAAGUUGGGUUUACUAGAGAAGGUGUGAUGAGGAAUUAUAUAAUUAUGAAAGGAAGUGUUAGAGAUAUGGUCAUGUUUAGUUUCUUGCCUUCUGAUCCGUUCAAAUAAUUGAUCAACAAAAAUAUCAGUUCAAAUUAUCUAUAAUGUUGGACUUUUUGUAUGCUUCAUCUGUAAAACAUGAAAUAAACUCUGUUUUUUUU